UCUUGCUUUUGAGGCGGAAAUGAAGGAACGCUAAAAUGUCCUGAAUUAUUUUUCCUUUGCUAUGGCGGCCGAUGUCCUGCAACGUAUCCAUCCCGAAAUUGCAAAAUUUGCCGAAGCCGUGCUUAAUAAUGAAGGUAUUGGAGUUUGCGGUGAACUGCUGAAGAUUGUGGAGCCCAAGUCAAGGUACUCGAUUAGAUUUUCAAUUUACGUCAAGCAACAUUUUGACGAAUUUCACCCAUGAAAUUCAGGGUUAGUCAUGGUUCUUAUUGGUUAACUACGUAGCAGUGUUUUUAAGAAGUAUUUUCAAUCCCAAUCUAAAGCUGUAAUUGUUAUUGGACUUCAUCAUUUUUUCUGUCUUGUUUGUGUUCGAUAGUUUGUCUUUCAUUAACCCUCGUAUUAAAACAAGAUCCUGCGAUCGAUUCAAGGUUUUGGUUCCAUAUGCUGGUAGAACUCUAAAAUGUAAGUAAACAGCAACUUAGGUGUGCACUGUUUUAGUCAUUUAAUCAUGUUUUAAUUGCUUUUUUAUUUCCUAGGAAUUGAAUACAUUUUGACUGAAUGUGUCAUAAACUCCGUGUAUGAGUUGCCUUUCGAUUUGAUUUUUUAUAUUUACCUGUUUGUUUUAUUGUUGUUGUUUAUUUUUUGCAGGGGAGGUAAUAUUUAACCAGAUGCAACCAGAUUUUCCACCAGAUUUUAUAUUUGGACCACAAGAUCAGGAAUUUGUACCAAAUAUUGAUAAAAUGGAGGUAUGGGCAAGGUGAAAAAUCAGAAAUUCUCAAAUUGGCACUUCCCAUCAAAUAAGCAAUUUUUACAUCCAACUGGGAGCUGCAGCUACUUAAUGCUUAGGGUUAAGUGAGUGGCUGGACUUGGGGUCAAAAAGUCUGGGUGCCAGACCUGGCUGAGUCAUUGUGUUGUGUUCUUGGGAAAAACACUUUUUUCUCACAGUGCUUCUUUCCACCCAGGAGUAUAAAUGGGUAGUGGCAAUAUGUCAAGGUUGCCUGAUGAAGUGCUUGGGGGGUAAUCUUGGGAUAGACUGGCAUCCCAUUGGGGGUGGGGAGGGUGGGUAGUAAGACUCCUAGUUGCUCUAUGCCAAGGAAACCUAGAUAAGGUCCAGCUGAAUGGCCAACAUGGCUUGAGUACAGACUUUGAUAGCCAUACUAAAUUAUGUCUCUUAUUAAAAUGACAAAUGCUACUUUCAUUUGCCAACUGCGAUUUCUGAGGAUGCAUGAUGUUUUAAUCUGGCUUCCAAGGUGAAGGUGGUACCAUUGAUAAGGCAAGGCUGGAGUGUUCAUUUUGAAAACAUGGUUAUCAAGAUCUCAGUCAUAAUGCCUGAGUCAGGUCUCGGUAAUGGGGCUAGCUUGCCUUCUCAAUGGUUUCUGAAGACUGACGAGGCAAGAAAUUGGAAAUCAAGACAGACUGGUUGACCUUGUUACUACUCUCUAAAAGUAUGCUUUUUUUGAAUCAUUUUUACUCCGUAGUCUCUUGAGAACUGGAACUGUAAUAAUCCUGAAAGCUUAGUAAAUCUGAUAAAAGAACUGAUCAGGGAAUACAAAGAACAUCAAAGAGAACAAGUGGAGAAAAUCCCCAGAAUCCACUUUGAAUACACCACACUUGCAGCUGACGCCAAUUAUCCUGAAUUCGAAGUACAUGUUUUAAAAGGGCAACAGGUGAGGUGAAGGUUUGUGUAUGCAAGCUACAGAAAGUCACACCUUUGAACAAGAGCUCCCUAGCAACGAGAAGUGGAAUGGGUCACAAACUAUACAGAUUAAUUUUGAUAACAGGUUAAAAUGGUAAUUGACUAAAAUCACAUUUGAAAAUGAUCAUAAUACUUGUUAAAAUGCAACUGGGUUCUGAUGAUUUGUUUCUUUUCUCAGAAGACAGACUCUGUUGUCAAUUUUAUGAUAAAGCUGCCAGUUGAUCUCACUGGAGUCCCGCAAUUUAUUAUAAGGGUAAGAUUGUUGUGUUUUAUUUUUGAUUCCUGAGAAACAGAGCUGAAAAACAACUAUUAGACUAAGUACUGGUGUGAUAUCUUUAAUAAUUUUGCUUAUGUCACAAAAAUUGAAAUUUACCAUAAUAACUUAUGAUAUGAAAAAUGUUUUUCUGAUCAUUGUGAUGAUCCAUAUUUAAUUCUUUGUUUGUCAGGACUGUCCAGGUGAAGACAUAGCAUGCUUGUUUGUUUCUUAUGCAUCUCUUAAUGGAGAGAAUGUUACACCAACACUUUUGUUAUCACCCCGCGUAGAAAGGUGAGGUAUUUGCGCAGAAAUGGCCACUAAAUAUGAAAGAUAUAACAAACUUUAAUAUGCAUCUUCAUUAAUUACUUGGAAUACAUAUGUGUAAAAAGGUUCAGGCUGCUGUAGUCAUAUAUUUAGUAAAUCUAAAGGCAAGUUUUUAAAAGUAAAUUCACUCCAUGGAAUCGUCAGCGUAGUAAAAUCAUCAGUUUUAUGUGUAAUACAUUUCAUAGCAGAUGAAAUUUGUAUUUAUUUUUUGGAUAUUAUACUUUUACAGUCAAUCCAUUCAAACUCAUACUUAUUUUACAGAGCAUUUGGUGGGACCAGCAAUCUUCGUAUUCCUCAUUGGUUGGGGGUGAAUGGCUGCCUUCUGGAAUACCUACCUCUUAUCCAGGAACUCUUUGCACAAAAGGUGAGGUUGAAAGUGGUAUCAAAAGUUACCUCUCAGGGCUCUAAGCUCAGACUUUCUCAAGGUCACAGUGUUAUGGCCUUAACCCUUUACUCCUUAACAUCAGUAUGGAUAUUCUCCAUAACACUCCUUACAUUUCUUAGGGUUCUGACAUGGAGAAUUUGUUCAUCAAUCAAGAGGUUCCUUAGUUGGUGAUCAUCUCCUUUAUUCUCAUGACUUAAAUGUUUGAUUCAGGGGAGAUGUUGUGAGGAGAAAUUAGAUAUUAGUCACUCUAAGGGGUUAAAGGGUUAAAUUAUAAACAAUAAAAAAACAAAAACAAAAUGCAAUCAAAAAAGUGGACAAGGGAAGUCAAUGCAAUAUUUUGUGACAUGCUAUAUACCCUCCAAGUCUGAGGUGAAGUAACUGUGAGCUGACAGAAUAAUGAGCAAAGGAAAAACUUAAACUGUGAAAACCUCAAAGUUAGCCAAAAAUUUUCCUCACCUAUUAUUAAUAUUUGCAUCACUCAGGAGGAUGAGUUUACUUUUUAAUUGCUUGAUUAGUCUCUGAGGUUACUGUUAGAACAUGUUAACCCCUAAGAGUGACUAAUAUCUAAUCUCUCCUCACAGUAUAACCCCUGAAUCUAACAUCAAGAUGAUCACCAACUAAAGACACUCCUGAUGUUUAAACAAAUUCUCCUUGUCAGCACCUUAGGAAAUGUAUAGAGAACAGUAUGGAGAAUAUGCAUACUGAUGUUAGGGUGUUAAUAUAUAACUACAUUUUGAAAGGUGGAGCAAGUUUGUCAGGCAUUCCACAAAAGAAGGGAAUAUGUUGCAGCUUUCCUUAGUGCAUUUGGAAGGUAAGGCAUAGUUUACAAUCCAGUCAAAUCAUUUGCCAAAUGUAGCUUACUUUAGAGUAAGUCUUGUAAAUAGGAUAUGACUUUUGAGGUUGUAUAUAUAAUUAUGUUAUUUACCAGACAGGAGGUCUUUAUGGGAAAAAACUGUGCCUGUCCUCUUGAUUACAGUUAAAGGCUAAGGGUUACCCUCAAGACCAGGGGAACAGUUUUUCUUCCAUAUGGACUAAUCUACCCCCUACUAAUUUAAUUUUUCUACUGGCUUGCAUUUUCCCUGUAUUGCCGCAAAUGGUAUGUACAAAUUCUGGACCAUGGUCUGUGGUGGAAAAAAUUAGAUUACUUAUGGGCUCAUGAUCAGGAUUCUGGCUCACUGAGAUGCUUCAGAAUAAAACAAAGGGUAGCAUGUUAUAAUCUAGAGACAAUUUUAUUUUUUUUGAUAGUUCAGUGCUUGAGUAUGAUGCUGAGGGAUUCAUGAAGCUCUCCUUGCUGUUCAAAGUACAAGGAUUUUUUUGUAUUGUUCACAGUAAGUGCUAUUUCUGGUACAAGUAUAAAAUCGAAAUUAACGACACAUCUUCCAUUUUGACACAAAGAAGUGAGACAUACUGAAUAGAAAUCAGUCCGGCACUUACAAUGGGAAUUGGCCAAAGGGUGCAUUUUGAUUGAGUGAUGUAUGGAGUGAGUGAGGAUUAAAUAUUAUCGCCACUCGCUUCAUUUUUCUUUUCAGUUGAAUUAGACAAGAACUUUCCCCAAGAAGCGCCACUAUUUUACCUCCAGUCGAUUUACCACGAAAAAAAUAACCAGCCGUACGAAAAACUGGAAGCGGGUUACCCCUACAGUCCACGGUGGUCUGGGGACGAGAUGGCGGAAAGAGCUAGGUAUUCUUGUCUCCUUUACUUACAUACUGUUCAAAUGAACAGAUAGUGUGAUAUGCCCAGAAAGGACUGAGGUCUCAUUCACGGAGAAAGGAAACACUCAACGAAUAAUAGAACGGAUCUCAGCUUUAAACCAACCUAUUUUGUUUCGUUUCCUGAUAUUUUCCAUGCCUUACUUUUAAACCAAUAAUAUCACGAUUUUAAAUGUUAAUAUGGUAAAGAUUGAAAAAGUUAAAGUAAGCGAAAAAAAACAGCUCCUUGCGGCAGCAAACUACCGAAGCUUUCAGGAAACGGGCCAUUGGUCUCUUUGGAACAAUGUGACUGGUAUUUCAUGAAUUGCCUAGGGACGGGUCAUUAAUAGGAGUACAUUAUAAACUUGUUACUUAAGUGUUAGGUGUUUCGAUGGAGAAUGAAUAUCGAAGCCGACUAUGGUGUCCGACUGAGUUAAAUUCAUGACAUGAAUGAGAUUAUUUUAAGAUCUUACCCUCUUUGGGGAACCUUUCUAAAGUACUUUUUUUUUCUUUUUCAGAGCUUUCCUGUUGGAAAAGAUACCAGCUUUUAAGGACGCUUCAUUAAGUAACGCCAAAUUUUAACCUUAACACAACACAAAAGUCAAGGAGUUUUUGUGGAGCGAUCGUUCUAAGAUUCUGGCCACUAUGACUCUCCUCAGUCACUGAACGAACUCAUCAAGUGGCUCAUACAAAAGCGUUAGAUAGUAAUCGUAGAUCAGAUCACUCUCGACGGGCUUGAUGAUUGUUGGAGCGGAAUAAAAAGAAGUGUGCAAGCAUGCCCUCAUUAUAAGCGCUCCAGAACGUGCGUUUCUCCGCCCGCCGGGAAGAUUUGAGACCAGUUGGAAAGGGUUUUCCGGGGGUCUGGCACAAAUAAUUAGUGCCUUACAGACCUCUCACCGGCGCGCGUUGCUCAAGGGCUUUAAGUGCUUAUAUUUUCGAGCGGCCGAAGAAAUGCACGUGCCGAAACGCUUGUAACGAGGGCCUGGUCACGAGAUGAUUUAUACAGGGGACUUCAAAUAAGAUUCUCUUUUGACAUUUUCUCCCUAAACAGAGACGCAUGUAGUAAGUCGCGCUUUGUUUAAAUUUUUAUAUCGCUUUGUUUGGUUCUUUUUUGUUUGUUUGUUGUGUUUGUUUGGCUGUGCGUUUGUUUUGUUUGUAAAGAGAUAAACUAAAUUGAAAUAUAUGCAAACGUUCAAUUGGCCAUGAACCACGAUUAAUUUUCCCUUUGGUCACAUUGCUCACUUUCUCAAAAAGGACCAACAUAUGCUGCCAUGCAGUAUCAUUAUUUCUCAUGUCAUUCCGUACUUUCUGAGAGUAUAAACGGCUUGCUUCUAAUCAUAAACAUCGAAGAAGAACGAGUAAAGAAUUAAAGAUGCCCUCACCAACAUAAACAAGUUUAUUUCUCCC